CUUAGCAACCGGUGCAUGUUAUCUGACCAGAAGUUUGAGAUGAAGCGUGACGAUGAGAGCCGACUUCAUAUCGCCAGAAGAAGGCUCUGUUUUGUCCCUGAUUUAUCAAAGUUCUCAAUGCUGCGAUGUGUGUGCCUCAACGAGAACAAGAUCAGAGAAAUCUGCAGAACUUCAUUUAACUGUUGCCUGACUGAACUUUGCCUGCCGAACAAUCAUAUUAGCUCUAUAUCAGGAGCACUGAGACACCUGUCUUGUCUUCGUGUGCUGCUGCUGCACAAUAAUCAGAUCAAAUGUCUGGACGAGACUGUAGCAGAGCUGAGAAACAUGCAGGACCUCUAUACUCUUUCUCUAUAUCUGAACCCCUUCACACAAGAUCCUCAAUAUCGUCUGUAUGUGCUUCAUCAUUUAACAUCUCUGCAGCUGUUGGACAGAAAAGAGGUGAAGCCUGGGGAGAGAAGGCAGGCAUUUAAGACAUUUAACACAGAACGGCAGAGGGUGUUGGAUUCCAUUGCCUUUGGCAGAAGAGCACUACCGCCCCCUGCAGGAAGAAAAGAAAUCAACAAAAACCCACCAAGUCAACACGGCACAAGAUGUACAAAUUCCCUUUAUAAUGGAACAGAAAGACCAUCAGCAAUCAGACCAACACAAAACUCCAUCGUACAGGUCAGGGUUAUGAACUGGAGUGGAACCGGCAUGGCUCAGUGGAACCCAGUGAAGAGCAAACCUGCAAUCGACAUACGAACUGUCAAAACCAGAUGAAUCACACUAUUGUGUAACCGCUCAUUUGGCAGGGCCAACACUUGAAAAACACCAGAUGCCUUCCAUGCAGUACUUUAAACAUCAAUAAACAUUUUCAACACUA